AUGCCCGACUACGCAUACAAACUGUCGAUCGCCUUCAAGAACUGGGCAACGAGCCCAGAACCCAGGCGCAAUGGCGUUGUCAUUGACAGACAUCUAGGAGACACGCCCCGACCGUUCAUCCCCGCCAUCGAGCUGCAGAGGUGGUGGACCAAGGAACGAAUCGACUGCUUCCGCAAGGCACUCAGGUUGGAAAAAGAUAUGCUAAGCGGGCAGUACCUGGUCAUAACAUCCAUCCUGAUACUGAUGGGAGACAGAUUUUGCACUCAUUUGAAGAAAAGACUGGAGUACUUCUACCGCUUCAGAGCUGGAGAGUUGACGUUUCCCUUGAGCAAAGACGUCGUAAAUUGCAUAUUCCCAGACAACGAACGUGAGGAUGGUGAAUCCUUCCAUCGCGAGCAACUCCUCUUCAGUCCAGUCGGAAUCGAAACCGGCCUCUGGGACCAGCAACUAGGAUCCGACUUGACGCUGCAUCUGAAGUUCAUUAGCGUGCUGCGAGACGGUGGGAAUCACUCUCCAACCAUCUCCAAGUACGCUCGAUACGACGGUUCAAAGCCCAGUGAUAAGGAUUUCCUUGUAAUCAAGAUCUUUCCACCAGGCCCUCCGACAGCCACGUUUGAAGACGAGGCACGGCUCUACCGUGAGCUUCGACUCAAAUCCCAAAGAGGAAAGAAACCUUCCGACUUCUUCCUGUUGUGCCACGGUAUUUUCGAGCAGAAUAAUCACAGGGGCAUUAUACUUGAAUACGCGACGGGGGGUAGUCUCCUCGACUAUUUCAACAACAACCCAGAACCUCUCAAUAACGCACAUGACCGCUACCAGUUCUACGCUGCCCUGCUCGACAUACCAAUGGCAAUAAGAGCCCUCUCGAUAAUGGGCUACGUCCACCAAGACAUCAAACCGGGCAAUAUCUUUGUCUUCUGCGAUGACCCCCGAUUCGGGUCGGUGCCCAAAGCUGAUGGCACUCGCAAGAUCCGAUUGAAGCUUGGAGAUUACGGCCUGAGUAGCAGGCUUAUCUUCAACGAAGGCUCACAGCCUCACAGCCGUGAUAGAGGAGGUGAUUUGACGUACAGCGCACCCGAGCUCCUGGUACAGGAAGAAGAGUUCCGAGAUUUCAAGAUGAAAUUCACGGUGGCAGCGGAGGUUUGGGCCGUGGGCUGCGUCAUGUUAGACUCGAUCAUAUGGGCUGUCCGCGGUAAUGCAUCCCGCGUGGGCUUUGCGGACAAGAGGAAGAAUGAGAUUCAGACGCUUCAUCGGGUCCUGGCCAAAAGGGGCUAUACGUACGUCUUUCAUGACGGGGAAAAAAUCCUUAAGACGGUGAGGAAAGUCGAAGACAAAAUCCUCCGGGGCAUGUGUAACUGCGAUAAAUGGACGAAAGGGCUUGUUGGUACAGUGUUGAAAAAAGUGCUGCUUCCACAACCGGAAGCCAGAUUGGCCAUCGAAGAUAUCGCGAAGGAAUUGCGGGCUGUUUUGGAUUCCUGGAAGCCGCCACCGCCGGACGAGGGCCCCAGCUCUCCAAAGCAUCACUCGCCAAACACAUCUGCGAUGGCGACAACCUUACCAGUUAACGCCACGGACCUAGACGUACAGAAUGACGAAGCCGUGGCUGUAGGUGAUGUUCCUCCUGUACAUCCCGCGACAACGCACAACAGCCAACUCCCUUGCAAGCAUCCUGGCGUCAAGGCCAAUGAUCUUGACACUUUUCAUAGCACUGGAAAAAAACACGAUCCUGGGAAUAAGAUAAGCAGGUUUUUGCGAGAUGUCGAGGAAACCUUUGAAUCGCACAAUCAUGUUCUGGUAAUUGACGACUCCGCUGGCAUGUGGGAGAUGAAAUCAGAUGUGCGGAAAGUCGUGAGAGCAAUUACCUACGCAGUCAAAAAUGCAGCCAAUGGUAGCAUCAAGGUUUACUUUACGUCUAAUCCAACCAAACACCACCAGGUCACCAACGUGAAAGGUGUGAGAAAAGUCUUGGGUCAUUGGCAACAAAACAAUAACAGCAAUGGAAUGGCCCCAACACUAAAACAUGUUCUCAAAGGAGUCAAAGAGAAUAUCACCAGCGAUGACGACAGGAAAAGCUUCCUGAGCUCACUAUUUGAGUCUUCGACCUCCAGGCCGGUGAGAACCAGCAUACUGGUGCUCACGGACGGCAUCUGGGGCGACAGGAAUAGGGACCGGGGACUGUGCGAUGUAGACGAACGCAUUCGAGACUUUGUGGACGGCUUGCCGGAGAUCUCCAAAGCCUACAAAUUCGUGUAUGCGGCGAUACAGUUCAUCUCCUUCGGGAAGAGCGACGUCGGGCAAGAGCGGCUCAGCUUCCUCAAAGACCAACUGGGUCUCAGAGUCGACAUGGUUGACACAAAGUCACACGAAGAUCCCCUCUGGUCGAUACUGGUGGGUGCAUUCGACCGUGCCGGCGAUGCCGAGCCUGUCGCUUGGAAGGCGAGCGAUUGGACAAGUCUGCUGUGA